ACAUGAAACGAUGCUUUGGUACUCCAGGGAUCGCAAGCGGCCUUGUCUUGAGGAUUUUUCAGUGCUUAUUUGCUUCUGCUUCUAUCGCCGUCAUGGCUGCUUCUUCCGGUUUCUCUAGCGCCACCUCCUUCUGCUAUCUAAUUGCAGCAAUGGGACUACAAGUUUUAUGGAGUUUUGGACUUGCUUGUCUUGAUAUUCAUGCUCUAAGGGUUAAAAAGAAUCUCCAGAGUCAAAUCUUACUAAGCCUUGUUGUUGUUGGUGACUGGGUGACUGCGAUACUAGCACUUGCAGCGUCAUCAUCUUCAGCAGGAGUGAUGGUUUUGUUGGACAGAGACUCGGAGUAUUGCAAAGUUGACCAGCAGCUGUCGUGCAGUAUGUUCCAGAUCUCCAUUGCUUUUGCGUUUCUUGCUUGGUCUCUUCUUGCUAUUUCUUCUCACACUGUCCUUUGGUUGUUGGCAUCCCUUUCUUCUUGAUUUUUAUUUCUCAACUCAAACUCUAAUUCUAUUCUAUGUAAAUAUAUAUAUAAAAACAUUCACACGCUUACUUUUCCAUUCAAA